GUUGAAAUAGUAAUCAUGCGCACAAGCACUGUGUCAACGGUGUCAACUGUGCAAGCACUUUUGUACCAGCUCUUUUCGUUUUUCUCAUAUAGGAGAAUAAAAUUUUUUUUUGGAAAUAAACAUGUCGAGAGCUUUGUGCUUUUCACUAAAUGGGACCCGAGUGCUCAUCAAAUAAUUCUCAUGAUUUCAAGCGUGAAGACGUGAUAAAAAGAAGAAUUACUUUUUUUUCAUUGACACCAAUUGUUAUUGGAAGAUAAGACAAAGGAGGAGGAAAAAUGCAGUGUGAAAUAGACGAUUUGCCGGAUGAAAUACUGGAAUAUAUUCUUAAUUUAAUUCCACCCUAUAAGGAUCUACAGGAAUGCAUGCUCGUUUGUAAAAGAUGGUGUCGUGUUGCGAGGAAUAUGUUGGAGCACAAAGAAGCUCAUUUUCAGAAGUUCGUUGCUUACGGUUCCCUCUACUGGAACUCUUGUCCGCUCAUUCAUCAACAUCAUCAUCCCAUAAGCAAAAGACACUCGCAUUCUGCUUGUGCUCAUGAAAACUCUAUGUGGGUUUUCGGUGGUUGUACCGCAACCUGUACAACUUUCAAUGACUUGUGGAGGUUGGAUUUACACUCGAGAGAAUGGAUUAGGCCUGUACCAUUGGGAAGCUAUCCGUCGCCUAAAGCUUGUGCUACUAUGUUGUUUCAUAACAACAAACUUAUCUUAUUUGGGGGAUGGUCACAUCCGUCUCCUUUUCCUCAUCAUCAGCAAGUGAAUCUUUUCGAUGAGCUCCACAAAUAUUGUACAAAAUCUAAUACAUGGGCUGCAAUUAACACUCUAGGAGGUCCACCACCAAUGUCAGCACACUCUGCAACAAUCCAUGGCAAUCUGAUGGUAGUUUUUGGAGGUGUUUGCAAAACGAAUGUCUCCAACGACAUUUGGUGUUUGAACUUGGACACGUAUUGCUGGCACAAACAAACAACGUCUGAUACAAAGCCUCAUCCACGAUAUGGUCAAUCACAAAUAAAAAUCAGCGAAAAGCACCUACUGGUUUUGGGAGGCUGCGCUGGUCCCAACGAUGCCAUGAAUGACGUUUGGUUACUAACGAUGGAGGGCAUCAGCUGGACGUGGAAGAAAGUCAAUAUUCGUAACGCCCAAUGGGCACCGACAAUUAUAUGGUGUCAUCAAUCCUGCAAAGUAGGAAAUUACGUGAUAGUUCUCGGUAUUAAAAAACGACAAAUCCGAGCCAGUGACAUGAGUAUAUCAACAAAAAUGGCUUGUCAAAGACCCGUUACAGCUCAAGCACAAGUUCCUGUGCCCCGAAAAGAACGGCAAAAUCAUCAACCGCUGAUAGAUCGUGACGAAAACGUGAACGGUCGUCAAGGUCUUUUCAGAAGAUAUUCACCGAUUGUUCCGGAAGCGAAUGUUCCAGUAUCAAGACCUCCUCCCGCACCAACGGAGUCUCAUGUUCCCCUAAUGAGAUCACUCUCUUCCCCAGCGGAGCGUAGCGUUUCGAUAAUGCGAGCUCCGAAUUUUCCUACUGAGCCGAGUGGUCAGCAUUUACGAACUUUAACUUCACCGUCUUCACCAACAGAACCAUUUUUUCAAUCUUAUCCACCGAUAUUGCGUUUGCCCUGCAUAGACAAUCAUUUUAGCAUGGCGGCGUUUCGUGACGAGCCCGUCCGAAACGAUCCAUCGUUAAAUCGCCAACGACAAUUGGAAUCAUUACGUCGAAUGGAGGAAAGAAUACAAAGCCGUAGAAAUAACCACCAAAGAGUAGCGAAAAAGCGUGAAAAUACGUUGGCGAUCUUCGUGCUUGAUAUUACAAAAGUCUUGUACGAGGAGCGCAUCGCGUCGUGGGUUAAAUUGAAGCAAAACGAUCGUACAGCACCCGAUGAAAGAAUACUCUAUUCCCUGGUCCUUGGACGUGGUGAACUCAUAGUUUUCGGUGGUAUAAGGAAAGAACAAGCUACUAUUCAAGGCCAGACUGAUACUGACGAUUCCGAGGUUUUCAACGAGCUUUAUUUUCUCAAUCCUCCGCGUUAUAUUAUAUAAAAAUCAAAAUGAAAGUUUUAAACAUAAGAAAAGAGAAAACGAAGAAAGCACACAAAACGAAUAUUUCGAAGUACCGUAAGCCUUAAAUUUAUGAAAAUCAAUUUCCUUCGUCAGCUAUCCUUGAUCGCUUUUUCCAAUUUUGUUAAAUUGUAUAAAUAGUAUUUAUCAAUCGAGCAGCUGUUCAUAUAUAUAUAUAUAUAAAAAUCAACGUAAUGACAAAAAUAAAUUAUAAACAUUAACGAACAGGA